CCUCAUCGCAUUUGGUGGAGGUUGCUGAGAUCCUUCGCCUCGACCUGGAGCUCCGCACUCGAACCCCGCCAACAAGAUCGCCCAGCACAAUGCCUGAUCCCGCCACCUCGUUGCCUGCGCCCCCGGCUGCCACUGUCAUCUGCGCCGGCGUCCCUCGUCAACGCGACCCACCCGUUUUCAGUGGGACCGCCGAACACGACGUGGAAGACUGGCUGUCAUCGUACGAACGUGCUAUUUCUCAAAUUCCAAACGUGGUGUUGGCUGUGGGAAGCAUAGACUUUCGGCAGUUCAGGUGUCUAAGUGCUGAACUUGCAUCUCUUGACAUCGAUUCCAGAAAAGCAAUCUACACCUGGCACAGAGAAUCGCCGGACAUUUCAGAACCGAAAGAUAUCGAAGUGGAGUAUGUUCUCAAAGGGGAUCGUCCAGACGUGGCUAUGGUGCAUAUAAAUGGCGACUACUGGAAUUCGUUUCCGGCCUUGGCUGUCUACAGCGAUUAUGAAACUUGCAUUGUCGACAUAAUAGCCAUGGGACCAAAAGAAGUUUGUUUCCUCUGGACAGCGAAAGGUACUGAGGAUGACGUCUCAAAGGAUUGCCUCAAUGCGUUCAAGAAAAGAUGCGGUGACGGCGUAACUCUGUACGACACUGACAGCUGCCACGCACACUAGAGUGAAUAAUGCAGCACAGAACUGAUACCGAAUAAAAGAAAA